AGAUUAAAAGCACAUAAAAGCACACAAAAAUAAACACAAGGAAGGAAGCUAGAGAGAGGAUUUUGCUGGGCAUUUCGUCAUCGGGAGUUCGCCGGAGUUUAUGGUGGUUUCCGGCGAGGUUCGGUUUGAUUAGAUUGUAAGACUCUGCAAGACGUGAAGAGGAAUCUCGAUUCAUUUCCGGUGGGAGAGUUUGAUUUCAUGAUUGAGACGCAUGAUCAUGGAGAAGAACAGAGAAGCGAGGAGUUCGUCCAGUAUAGUGGCUGCAAAUGGAUCGUCAAGGCGACGUAGUAGAGCUACGGCUUUCAGAGAUUUACCUGAGGAAGGUCAGGUGGAGUUGCAGGAGACUGUGCGGUUAAGGGAUAGAGGAGGGAAGAGGGAUCGAGAUCGAGAGUUUGUGAGUCGUAGCAAGCGGAGGAGGGAAGGAGGAAAUAGAGAAGAAGAGAUGGAGGAAGAAGAAGGAGGAGAUACUAGUGCUGAAGAUAUUGUUGCUGAUGGAGAUAUUGAUGAGGUUGAAGACGGUGGUGGAGGAGUUUCUCGGAUUCUUUCUUCUACUACUACGGCGUCUUCGGUUUCGAAUCAGCAUCAGAAUCAGAAGAGAACCUCUCUUCCACCGAGAGUUGUGAAGCAACAAUGGAAGGUUGCUGAUGACGCGAUGAUUGGUGUUCCGGUUCCGAGAAAGGCUCGCUCAGCUUCUGUCAAAAGAUCACAUGAUUGCACGGUUUCAGGAAAUAGUGGUGUUGGUGGAGCCGGAGAAGAUAUUGCAGACGACCACAGCCAUCGGAACCAGACUGAUUCACCGGCAAGGUCGUCUGCCGAGGUUGUUUCGCCUUCAACAUCGAUUAUUUCGGCUAAGAAGAAGAUGAAACCAACUGGACCGAAGACUCGAUCAAUGAAGACGUCAAAUGUUUCUUCUGCGUCUGCUAAGGAAGGGGAUAUUGAGAUUGAGAUCGCUGAGGUUCUUUUCGGACUAAAGAAACAACCACACUGUUCCAAAAAGCAAGAAGUUAUUACGAAGCAAUCAUCGAAGCAAGAAACAGAGAAUUCCAGUGUUCUUCGUGACGGUUCCAAGUCUUCAGUUACAUCUACAAUGGCAAACUCUGCACAAACUGCCUUCAAUAAAUCAGUUUCGCUUCAAAAGAAUGAUGUUAUCUCUGAUUUGUCACUUAAUGUUGCUGGGGAGAAGCAAAAAGUGGACAGUUCGACAUUGGAUUUUGCAGGGAAAGGAGAAUCUGAAAAACCUGCAGAGAUUGCAAUUUACCCUUCAAAGUUGGAAGGAGCGUCCGAGGAAAGUAAACCAGCAAAGGAAAUUUUCACUGGUGGAGAUGAAAAUAAGGGGAGCAAGAAGACCGGUCUGGCACAAGAAGAUAUAACUUCAUGCUUAAAAGGGGAUGUUGAUCCCGAAGAUUCCCCACCAAAUAAUUCGAUUCCGGAGGCUGUGACCCAGAAAGAAGAGAAAUUCAAAUUUGACUUAAUGGCUCCUCCAACAUCUCCAGAAAGGGAUGGGUUGGCUGAUAUGGUAUUGGAUACUAAGCCUUUGAGUCUGGGAAUAGAAAUGGGGAAAGAGACUUCGAAUAAGGUUGAAAAUGAAGUAGAAGGAUUUAAGGAAAAAGAAAAGGUGAUCAAUGAAGAUAAGAUGGUGACAAGUGGGACAAAGUUUGAAUUCUUUAAACUGGAUUUGGAGAAACCACAAUUAGAUAGCAAUAACAUCACAAUGAAAGAACAGAGUCAGAAACAGCAACCUAAAGGAGCCGCCAGCACAGUUGAAAAAAAUGAACCAUCCACUUCAGUGCGCUUGCCCAUUAUCCUGGGUGGCUGGCCAACUACCGAAAUUCCUUCUGUCGGGUACCUGCCACCCUUCCGGACAGUGCUACCUGUGGAUAGUAUUGACAAAUCAUCCACCAAACUACAGAAUCUAAAUUUUAUUCUCUCACACCCUCGACCGAAGAGAUGCUUGACCCAUUACGACAUUGCUCGAAACAUUUACUUACACCAGCAAUUUACGAAGACGAACUAUUUCCACCCAGCAGGUGAUGCUUCGGCAUCUCUUGUAGAGGCCAAACUCAAAAACAUCUCCUCUAAAGAAGGCAUGCUUUUGAGUAACCAACUGAGUGGAAAUCAUUUGGAUAUGAACCUUAAUUCUGUGCAACAGAGAGAGCAAGGUGAAGGCGACUUGCCUGGUAAUGUGGUAAAUGAUAAAAGUUCUGAGGCUGCCAACUUUGCUGAUAUUGCUAAAAGCAAGCAGCUUGUAUUUCAUCAGAAACAGGGAGUGCCUUUGGGUAACUCAAUGCCUAGUUCUGGAUUCAUAUUCCCCAUCGGUCAGCAUCAAGCUCCGAUUGCACAAGCUACUGCAAAUCAAUCUGGGUCCGCCAAAUCUUCCAAUAACCAAUCAACAUCUCUGUUUAGUAAUCCAGAAGCUGGAACACUUGUGAGCUUUCCAGCAUUUCCUGCAGUAUCUACUAACAUGAGCUACAGUCAUCCCAAUGUGGUUUCAGUAGAAGCUCCAUACUUGGCAAAACUUCAGAACAAUGGUUAUCCAUUCACCUUUUCUACUCCAGCAGGAACGAGCGCAACAUAUAGAACAAACAAUGCACAACCCUUGCCUCUUUUCAAUGGAUCUUUCUAUCCAUCUCAGUUGUUCCAUCCAUCCCAAAUUCAGCCAGCACAAACUCAAUCUCAUCACCAACCUAGUGGCUCCCAUAAACAACCACAAACUCAGCCGCAGCAAUGGAGUGUGCAUGUACCAGGGAACAAUGUGCUGCCGUCAAAUGGUAUGCAAUUAAAGCAGUCGACAGAACAGCAUUUGCCACUGUCUAAUCAUUCUCGCAAGCAUGAGAAUGAAACCAGUGGAGAGGACACUACAUCCCUUUCCGACAAGAGGGCAGCUCCAGUUCAGAAAAAUGCUUAUGGACAAAACUACAUUUUGCCUGUUCAGGCAUUGGGUUUCACAUUGAUGCCAUCUACAACAUUGAAUAAUGGCAAUAGUGGAAAUUAUGGUGAGAAGAAACAGUCUCAUACCCAAAAUUUGAAGAACACAGUUGCCUUAGUUCCCUCUCAGGGACUCACAAUGUCCUUUGCUUCAUAUAAUGGAAAUGGCACCCCAUCUAACCUCAACUUCACUCCAAUAUCGCAAAACACAACCGUCUAUCAGAAUCUUCCUGAUAUACAGCGGACAGGGUUUCAGGUAGCGCCUGUGCCCCAAGCUACAAAGCAGAAGAAUCAUCAAACGUCAGAAGGGAGAAACGGAGUUGUUCUAUCUGGUGCCAGUGAUAGGAACACUGGAAAUUCUUCUACGAAGCCUUCCACUGCAACUUCAGGGCAGACCCUAGUUUUUGGUAAUCCUUCAAGGACUCUUAACUUCAUGACAUCUUCUGUCCCUGUAAACUGGCCCUCACCCUCCAACAAAUCUGCUGCUACAACAAACCGUCCCGCCGGUAGUUCUUCAGGUAACCAACAGCAGCAACCACUGCUCCAGCUUCCACAGCAGCAGCACAUAUUGCAACAGCAACAAGCAGCCAUGGGGCCUCGGAUGGCUCCACGUACUAAAGUACCAACUAAUAAUACCUUGCCUUCAUCAGCUACAACCAAGUUUCCUUGUAAUCCUCCUCCUGGUUUCUCACAGCCUUUGAUACAAUGUGACAAUUCUAUUCAGUCUCCUGCGCAGAAGAACUCGGGAAGAAUGACAGCCUCUGUCGUCCCUAUGACAUCUCUCCAUCUUUCAUCCUCUAGUACACCAGUCCACAAGAGUUCCAUUCAGCAAAAAGGAAGUAGUACUCCUCAAGGUCAAACCCAGAUAUCAUUUGGGGGAGGAGAUUUCAAGCCAGCUUAUACACCAAUGCAACACAUUCCAACUAGCGGUCACUCUCCAUCUAGCAGUGGAAAAUUAAGGAACACCACCAGUAAGACCAAUCCCUCAGUUACUCCCACGCAACAGAAACAGGAUGAAAGCUCAUCAACCGGAGCUGGCCAGAAAUCGUCUCCAGUGUGCGGUAGAAACGUGCCUUCGAUCUUAAACACAUGCCCCAGUCAACUAUCAGAACUUAAAUACUAGACCUCCUUUUUGUUCCAGCAGUUAUAGAAAACACUAACAUCGAGCUCAAUUAGUUCCAGCUUCUCCUCCCCAUUAGAUGUUCCAUGGCCUCCUUGUGAUGAAAGAACAAUCAAGAAUGGAUUAAACAAAGCGACACCUUCUGGGGGAUCGAAGGCCCAAGAAGUUUACAACCACCAAAAAUAACAUUUCAAUACAUGAUCAUUCACCAGAAGCAUGUCGAGGAGCAUAGCGAUGAAUGGGGCAUGGAUUCUUUUUUGUCGAAAAAUCACAAGAACUUCCAAGUUUUUAACUCUAGUGGCAGUAAAAUCUGGUUGGGUUAGGCUAUAAUGUAUAUUGUAAGUCAUUGCAUAUUAGUAGGGGAAAUUUUUUGGUUAUAUAUUGUUUAUUCCUAGACAGACAUGUGAAUAUGAUAUUAUACUUGGAAAAAAAAAGAAAGUGUAUUCAUUAUUUGAUUAGGUAAUUUAAUUAUUUCAUUUUGAAUUU